AUUUUGUCGAUUUUAUGUACUGUUUUUUUUCAACGGCAUUUUUCUCUCUUGGUAACGAAGGAAGACGAAAUAUUGUUAUAUGAAGCACUAUGAAGUUGAUUCACUGCGGGACUAGCAUGUAAACAAAUAUGGCAGAAGAUGAUUCCAUCUUGGCCGAGGAGAAGAAACCCAGAGUGAAGAAGAAAGUUAAGAAAAACAUACCUGCAACAGAUUCCUCUGAAGAUAUUACAUUGCAGACAAGAGCACGGUUUGAAAAGCUGCUGCAAGAAAACUUAGACACACCACCAAGAGACAUCAAGAAGAAGAAGAAAAAGCAGAAGCCAACUGCCUUGGAAGAAUCUCAGGAACAGUCUGUGGCUGAGACUAACUUCACAUCAAGCCCUUCAGUUUCCCGUAAAAUUCAGAGAGGACAAGAUGAUUUGGGCUCAGGAUCCACAAGAGAAUCUCCGAGGAAAUCCAAGCAGAAGGACAUUCCGCAGGAGUCGGAACUGGCACUGGACGAUGACAGGCAAUCUGCUGUUGUGGCUGCCAAAGGAAAGAAGAAAGUUGCCAAAAAGACUAAACCUGUGAAGUUAAGCGCUGGUGGCAUAACAGGCUCAAAAGACAUCUCAACCAAGGUAAAUGGUUUUGGUGAUGAUGUCAAUGAUGAUAAAGAUCGACUUCUAAAAGAUACUAAGAUAGAUGAUAAGGAUGAUGACCAGCAUCCUAAAAAAAGCAUUUUGAAAGAAGCGCUUUCACCAAAGAAGGGGAAAAAGAAAAAAGCCAAACUCUCGACUUCCAAAGCUAAAACCGAAGACGGAGAAUCCACAGGAGAAUCUGUGUCGGUCAUCAAGGACGAGGGCAGUGUACUGGCAGUGGUCAUCCAUCGCACAGACAAACUAAAGAAUGAUUUCAGUAUUAUCCAUCCUCUGGUCCGUGUUCAUGUGGUCAAUGAAAAUACUGGCCAGUACCUUCUCAAACAGUCCAGGGAUCGACCUGUUACCUUUUAUUACGAAUGCAAAAGUCCAGACGUCGCCCAUAUUCUUCCCAUGAUGACCCAGCCAUUUGAUUUUAAACAGAGAAAAUCCACUCUGCCUGUCUGGGAAGAAUUAUUAUUGUUCAAUGAAAAUUACAAUUAUUUUGUCCAGUUAGAUCCUAAAGUUAUCGUGUUCUUUGAGAUUGUUGAUUUUGUCUCCAUGAAUUCAGCCAAUUUUCGGUAUCAGAGGCAGCCCCCACAUGAAGGCGGAUGGUAUAAGAUUGCUUGGGCUUUCCUAAAGGUAAUUGGUGCCAACCAAAAGGCCAACACAGACACCAAAGUCCGUCUACAGUUGUUCCAACCAUGCCAGUCCAGUGUGUCACAGGUCACAGCUCACACACCAGAGGUGUACAUCUGGUGGAAGAAUGAGCAGCGUGUGAAAUAUCCGUCCACUCUCUAUGUGACCAUCAAGAAAACCUCACUGCCAAGCAAUGUGGAACCCUCUCUUCGAUCGAUGUUUGCCACACAAGAGGAAAAAGGUAUUUCGACCCCUGGACUCAGCCGUGACAGACUGGAACUGAUCAUUGAGACAAAAAAGAGCAAAAUCGACCUGCCUCUGUGGUCCCGUUUGGAUGGGCAGACAUGUCGGGUGCCAAAUACACUUCUCAGGACCUUGAAGUCUGGAUGGAAUGGAUGUUAUACAAUCAAAUUCUCCCAUGAUGGAAGAAAAAUUGCCUGUGGAUGCCAUGAUUUAGAUGAAUACCCAGUUCUUGUGUACGAGGUCACUACUGGUCAGCUGGUCAACCGUUUCCUUGGACACUUUGGACUCAUCUAUGCUGUCUCCUGGUCAAAUUCUGACAAGCUUCUAUGUUCUGCCUCAGCUGAUGGAACAGCCAGGAUCUGGAUUAACGAGAGAUCUGAGAGCGGCGAGGGGGCAAAACUGCUGCCCCACCCAGCAUAUGUCUAUUGCUGCAGCUUCCAUGUGAGGAAUGACGACUUAGUUGUGACGGGAGGCUACGAUGAGAUUAUUCGAAUUUGGGACAUCAAGGGAGACCCAAAAUACGGAGAGGUAAUGUAUGUUAUGCAUUUGUCUGCAACAAGAGAUGAAUCUCACAAGGGAUACAUCAAUGCCAUCUGCUUCGACGAACUUGGCGACAAAAUGUACUCUGCCGAUAGCGUCGGCAAUCUCCUUGUAUGGAAUUGUUACGUCAGUGACUCACAGGACGGAAAAGCAUUCCAAAAAGACUGGACCCUAUUCCAAGACAUUUCCAUCCCUGACUUCCACGGUAUACCAAUAAACUCCUUGACGCUACAUUGCAGUGGACGGAGAUUGCUCGUUCAUUACCGUGACAGUGUGUUACGCAUGAUUAACUUGAGGAUACUCCGUGUAAUGCAGAAGUACAUCGGAGCACUGAACUUCCGGAAACAUCUCCAAAGCACUCUGACCCCUUGUGGGAGUUACCUGUUGUCUGGGAGUGAGGACAACUAUGUUUACGUCUGGAAUACCGAGACAGGUGAUCAUGUUUAUAAAUAUACAUCGAUGAAUUACAAACAACCUGUCACUGGGAUCGACUACCAUCCAAAGGACCACAUUGUGGCAUUCUGCAGUCCUGGAAGAAACCAACUUGUGUAUAUCUAUAAGUACAUACCAACUGAAGUGACGAAGCCUGAAGUCGUGGCACCUGCUGCAAAGACACUCGUUACCUCCACCCCUCCGUCUCCUUCAACUCUCACCAGCAGAAGUAUAGCAAUGACUGAUAGGUUUGAUGAAAAAGAUGGCCACCAGUUGGAAGACAGAAUCCGCUACGAAAGGGUCUUGAAGAAAUUGAACUCAGUCUCUGCAUUGGCACCGUCUCUCUUCUCUCCACACAUCCAAAAGAUGCUGGGCACAUCGAAAUUGAAGGAACCUCCUCUGACUGUAAAUCCGUACCCUUCCUUGAGCAACACUGCCAGAGACCUGAACCAACUCUCAACGAGUCUGGAACCAAGUACUAGUGGGGUUCAAGAUACCAGCCUGUCCCUUAACAGCAAAUUGGCCCUUCCUCAAGUAAAUAUUUCACAGUAA